AUGUGGUAAACAGACCGAAACCACUUAUACUCUUCGAAAUGCCGAUGUUUGGCCGCCGGGAGACGACUCAACCAAAUUUAAGCGCUGUCCUGAUAAUACCUACUGUUGUGGCCAGAAUCUUGCAGCAACUGGACGCGGUAUUACCCAGGAUGAACUUCAUGACAAUUGCACACCCAUGUAAAAUAAGUUAAUCCAGAAAACCUGAUAGGGUGUUUGGAAGGUUUUCUUGUUCAUGUUUUGUUUUGCAUCUUUGAG